CACCGGCAGUGUUGAGGAAACAGGCAUGCAUCGGCCAGCUGGAAGCGUACUUGGUACAGAGAUAGAUUCAAAAACUGACACCGUUUCUAAUUUUCGUGUCCUGAUUGGGGUAACUGGUAGCGUAGCAGCCAUAAAAUUACCCUUGCUGGUCAGAAAACUUCUAGAAUUACCUAGGGUGGAGGUGCGAGUAGUCACCACAGAUCAUGCCAAGCAUUUCUACAAGACUGAAGAUCUUGAGGUCCAGAUUUACAGUGAUAAGGAUGAGUGGGAGAUGUGGACACACCGCUCUGAUCCCGUUCUGCACAUUGAGUUGAGACGCUGGGCUGAUCUCCUGGUGAUAGCUCCCCUGGAUGCCAAUACUCUUGGAAAAAUUGCCAGUGGUAUCUGUGACAAUCUUUUGACAUGUGUGGUCAGAGCCUGGGAUCUGAAGAGACCACUUCUCUUUUGCCCAGCAAUGAACACAGCAAUGUGGGAACACCCUAUCACAGCCCAGCAGAUCAGUCGUCUGAAAGAGUUUGGGUACACUGAGAUACCUUGUAUUGCCAAAAUACUUGUCUGUGGAGAUGAAGGUAAAGGUGCCAUGGCAGAAGUUUCAACAAUAAUACAAGUUAUCAAUGAAUACAUCCAGAAGGCUUCAGUGUCUUCAUAGACAAAAUGAAGAGCAUUGUGCUUCUUGCUUUGUAAAUAGAAUACUUUCCUUUGGGUAAGCCCAAAAUAAUGAAUGGGUUAAUUAUUACAGGGAGCUGUGCUACCUUUCUCAUCUGUAAAUUCAGUGCUAAGAAUCUUAAUCUUAUUUGUUUGUUAAAUAUAUUGGAAAUGAAAAGAAUACCCUGGAACUGCUUUGAUUUUGUGAUUCACACAAAAAGUCACACAAAAAUCUGCAUUUUUAGCAUUUUUUAAUUAGUGAGACAUUUUUGUAGUUCAUCCUGAAUGAUUGACUCCCCUUUUCUUGAUUCUUAUUUUAUUGUCAUAAGACUUAAAAACCUCACAGUGUUUUCCAAUUAGUAAUGAAAGCUUUCUCUGCUCGGGGAUCAUGCCCAAACUUUAUACUGCUGGGGGCCGGCUACAUUACAGACCUGACAGUGCAUAAAAUAACAUCUGCUGGUUAUAAAAGAGAGACGUUCAGUGUUUUUGGAAAAUAUGAAGAGGCUUAUAGUUGUUGGGAUAUCAUGACUGGUUUUGAAACUUGGGAGGUGUUCUUCUAUGGUCUAUUUAUGGAAUUGAAGUUUGUUUUUCAUGGAAAUCUAUAUCUUUUAAUAAUUUAAUGAUUUAUACAGUAUCAAAUUAAAUUACUCUAUUUCACAACUAAUUAUUGUUACUACAUUGUAAUUAGUGUAAUUUUGUAUCCGUUCUUCACUUCCUAUCAUGUUAAGAAUUAAAAACAUAAUUUGAAUUCAACAGUUAAAGUAAGCAUCUGCACAUAAUGUAUGUAUAUUAACUUUGUUUCAGCUUUUUUUCAAGUAUAACAUUAAUAAAUAGAACUUGUUAUUGAUCUAAAUGACUUCUGUGAAGGAAGGUGGGGAUCCCCUGAAGUCCUGCAGCCUGUCAGAUUGUUGUGGGAACACAUUUAUAUAUAACAAAAACUUCAGUAUUAAUUUUAAUAUUAAAUAUGUUGUCACUAGCUUAAUUUAUCUGUAUUCUCUGUACAGGAAAAAAGCCCAAAUAAAAACAUAAAAAUAAUAAAGUAGUUCAAGUAGGUAGCUGCAUCUGC